CAGUCACCAUAUAUUUCCUUUAUGAAGAAGAUCGGGGAGCCAGGCAUUAAAAUCUGAAGAAAGUCACUGGAACAAAGUGAGCAGUAACACAGCCACUGGACAACAUACAUCAAGUAGUCACAAGUAGCAGCAGAUAUUCAUCACUUGCACCAUGGCCAAGUUGAUUAACUAUGCCCCAGAGGCGUGGAACCAUCUCCAUGGGGUUUUCUGCGUGUACAAGCCUGUUGAUAUGUCUGUGAGGUUCAUGAGGAACGUCAUCCUGGGGAAUCUCUGUCGGGACCUGAAUGAACUGCAGCCAAGACAUGUGCCUCCCUUCGUGGCCAUUGAAGGGAGCAUCAGUGAGGGUCUGGUGGUGAAGCAGAAGGAAAACUUUGCUGCGCAUCAACUGGUCUUGGGACCACACUACCAACCAAAAGACCUGCGUAUCUCCUGGGCACAGCACCUCCACAAAGAUGUUUCAGGGGUGUGCAUCAUGGGUGUGAACCGAGGCUGUGUGGGCACCCACCGUGUGCGGGAGAGUCGACUCAUCCGCACUUACAUGGUCUCUGGCAAGUUUGGUUGUGCCACGGACAAUCUCUUCCACACUGGCAAGGUUGUGGAGAAGUCCAGAUUUGCUCACGUCACUAAAGGGAAGAUUGUGCGAGCCCUAAUGAGUAUUCAGGCAGCUCACCAGCGAGCCUCUAUAGAGUUUCUGGGUCUGGACAUUCAUUCACAGGAGGCUUAUGAGGCCUUGUCCUGUAGUGGGCUUGUGAGGCCAGGAGAGAAGUCUAGUCCUAUUCUGUAUGCACUCAGCAUUAAGGAGUUCAACCCUCCAGAUUUUACCCUGGAAGUGUCAAGCAUCAAUGAGACUGGAGACUACCUCAAGGAACUGAUUCACUCCCUUGGCAUCAAGCUGAAGACCAGUGCUGUGUGCACACAGCUGCGGUGUGUGCGCUAUGGCCCCUGGACCCUUGGCCAUGCCCUUCUUCGCAAACAUUGGACGCUGGAACACAUCGUGAACAACAUUGGUCAGUCCUAUCCACUGCUGAAGAAUAUCACUCCAAAGUCCCCCAGUCUGGCUUCCUUGGAGGAGAAAGAGGUAAACAGUAUUACAACAAUGGAGCAAUGACUUAGGUAGACUUUAUUAUUAAUCAUCAUUAGUAAUAAAUCUGCUAGCCCUGAAGUGGUAUUUUCAUAGACUUUAUUAUUAAUCAUCAUUAGUAAUAAAUCUGCUAGCCCUGAAGUGGUAUUUUCAUCUCUUAAAAUUAUUUUUUACAUGAGUAGCAAGACAUAAAUAAGCAGAAAUGCCUCAAUUAAAGUUGAAAAUGAUGCUAUGUUGUUUUCUGUAGCUACAGUAGUCGCAAAACAGGUAAAUGUUGACUGCUCACUUGGCUAAAAUACAUACCACAUACCACCCCAAUUUUAGUAUGGUAUCCAGCUCGGACAGGUGAGUAGUACACGCUGGCUAUAUAUGACAUCAUCUGUUCUCUUGCCUCACAGCACAUGAUGGCAAUUCCCAGCUUCACUUCAGGUGGCAGAGGGAGUGAUGUAUGUUGUCAUUGUUGUGAUACCAAUUUGUGACUUAACAUGCAUUAUGUUUCACUUUGUCUAGUUUUACUGCAAAUUCAGGAAGAACAACAAGCUUCUGAUGAGUGAGAAAAUACCUCAAGUCACAGCACUGCAUACAACAAACUUUGGUAAAAAAUGAAAUUGCUGAUGCUGUUGGUGUUUGUGCCCAAGCACAGGCUGAAGAAGAAAUUCAUGGUGGUAGCCAUGACCUGCCCGAACAUGCAGUUUGUGGCCAUGCAGCCUGGAAAACAUCAUCUAAGACAAUUCAUGUUAUCAAGAGGCAACCCUAGACUUGCUGCCAGGAUUCUGAAUUGUCUUGGGUGAUAUUUUCCAAGCAACAUGACAAUGAACUAUGUGUUCAGGCAGGUCAUGGCCACUACCAUGAAUUUCUUCACCCUGUUCUUGGACACAAAUGCUAACAGCAUCAAUCUUAUUUUUACCAGUGUUUGCUGUAUACAGUGCUGAGAUCUGAGAUAUUUGCUCCUUCAGCACAAGUUUUUUAAUCACUUUAUAAGAAAACUAAUCAAAAUGAGGCCCAGUACAUGGUAAGUCAUGAGUUGACACCAGAGCAGGAACACCACACAUCACUCUUUCGGCCACCUGAAGUCAGGUUGAUGGUUGUUGUCAUGUGUGAGGCAAGGGGACAGGUGUCACAAACAGCCACCAUGUACUACUUGCUUAUCUGAGUUGUGGAUACCACCCUAAAACCCUAAAAUUGGGAUCGUGUGUAUUUUGGCCAAAUGGGUACUUGGCGAUGACUUGUUUGGCUGCUAGUGUAGGUACAGGUUUCUGGAAACCCCAAGCAAGGCACUGUUUUGAACAUAGCAAAGAAUAUUAUUAUUUAAAACAUUAACAACAAGGAUGUAAACUGAAAUGCCAGAGAUGCCUUUAAAAUUUUAGUUCCUAUGGAAUGAGUGUAAAUGACUUUUGUAUCUGUACAUAAACUGAGCACAUGCAA